AUGGCUUUGGGCGGUGGUGUCGUUGGUGGUAUGGCCUCGGGUGUUCGUGAUGAGAGUGAUGACGGUGCAAAGAAAGAUCUUUGUGUGUCGUAUUUUGAUGAUUCUGUCAUUUUGGUAGAUGAGUUGCAUGAUUUGCAUGAUAUGCUGGCAAAGAUGAAGAUGAUCAAUGUCCACACGAGGGCGAAGCGGUCUUGA